AUUUCCAAGGUCAUGAUCGACUCGCCCAAUGUGACAGCGUCCGGCCACCAGGAGCUGGGCCUGAAACCUGAGGAGGUGCAGAAAUCCAAGUGUGUCCUGGGGUUCAUCCCUGUCAUCUACUACAGCAUCCUGCUCUGCGUGGGAGUACCAGUGAACAUCCUCACAGCAGUGGCUUUGUCCAGACUGGCAUCCCGCACCAAGAAAGCUCUGUACUACUACCUACUGGCGGUGACGGGCUCAGAUAUUCUCUCCCAGCUCUUCAUCAUCUUUGUCGGCUUCCUGCUGGAGACGGCAGUUUUUCACCGCGAUGUCCCGACGCUCCUGCUGCACUCUGUCAGCGCCGCCGAGUUCGCCGCCAACCAUGCCUCCAUCUGGUCUGCCGUACCCCUCACUGUGGACCGCUAUGUAGCACUGUGCCACCCCCUCCUCCACCGCCAGAUCAGCUACCCAGCCCGGGCCAGGAAGAUCAUCUUGGUGGUCCUGGCGUUGUCGCUCGCAUCGGGCGUUCCCUUCUUCUGGUGGUCGGACAUGUGGAGGAACAGCCACCCACCCACAGCUCUGGACACCGUCCUCAUAUGGACUCACGUAACUAUCAUCUACUUCCUGCCCUGCAGCAUCUUCUUGGUGCUGAACUCGUUGAUAAUCCACACGCUGAGGGUGAGGCAGAGGCAGCAGCCUUGCCAGGAGGAGAGUGGGCUGAAGUCCGUGCCUUCUUGGCGACUUGGGAAGACCACAGCCAUGCUGCUGGCCAUCACCUCGGUGUUCUCUGUGCUGUGGGCUCCCAGGACUAUAGUGGUCAUCUACCACUUGUACGUGUCCUCAGUUCACAGAGACUGGCGGGUCCACCUCGCCUACGACCUGUCCAACAUGCUGGCCAUGCUCAACACGGCCGUGAACUUCUUCCUCUACUGUUUCGUCAGUAAGCCCUUCCGCAGCGCCGUGCGGGAUGUCUUGCUGCUCAGGGGGGGCCCGCUGUAUCCUCGGCGUGACCUGCCACAGCAGCAGGCCCCCCACGCCUCCAUCUCCUCUCUGUACAGUGGGAACAUCAAGCGCUCACAGCGGGACUCCACCCCCUUGUCACCUCGCAGGGCCAGAAAGCCCUCAUGACCUCGUGCCCCCUCCUCUUAAUCCAAAACACCCAU